AUGAGUGAAAUUACAACUAUAGAACGUGAUGAUAACUAUAUUGUCUACACUGUUGAAAUACUGCCUGAUGGCUGUUCAAACUCACACAUUGUGAAAUUAAUCCACAUGACAAACUGGCCUGACAAGGGUGUGCCGCCAAGUGGACGACAUGUACUUCGACUCUUACGAAAAGUUUUGUGGCAAACAAACUCGACAUGGGUCCUGUUGUUGUUCAUUGUUCAGCUGGAGUCGGAAGAUCAGCUUGCAUCGUAA